AACCGAAACUGGUCCACGUCAUUUCAUCACUCACUGAUCCCUUUUCCUCUUCAUCAUCCUUUAAACCUUCCUCGUCAUCUUCAACUUCAAAACCCAUUCCAUUACCCUCCCCAUUCACCACUUUCUCUCUCUCUCUCUCUCUCUCUCUAAUCAAUGGCAACAACGGAAUGUUCUUCAACAGACCUAUCUCCAACCGCUUGCCGCGACACCGUCGCGGCAUCAAACCUCAAAAUAAUCUCCCUCUUCGUCAUCUUCAUCACAAGCGCAAUCGGCAUGUCAGCCCCCGUCCUUCUCGCCCGUGUUUUCCGGGGAAAACCGUUAUACGAAAGAGCAUUAGUCUUAAUAAAAUGUUUCGCGGCAGGCGUUAUCCUCUCAACAUCGUUAGUUCACGUUCUCCCUGACGCGUACGCAGCACUCUCUGAUUGCCACGUGGCAUCACAUCAUCCAUGGAAGGAUUUUCCUUUCUCGGGAUUGGUCACUCUUAUCGGCGUUAUCCUCGCUCUGUUUGUGGAUCUUGUUGCUAGUUCGCAUGUUGAACACGCGCAGUACGCGCCUGUGAGUGCGGGUGAGAAAGAAAUUGGAGUUGAACUUGGUGGUGGCGGUGGUGGUGGUGAUGGGGAUUGUGAGAGAGGUGAAGAAUUGAUUAAGUUGAAACAGAGAUUGGUAUCGCAAGUUUUAGAAAUUGGGAUAAUAUUUCAUUCGGUUAUAAUUGGUGUGACUAUGGGUAUGUCUCAGAAUGUUUGUACUAUAAGACCUUUGGUUGCUGCUUUGGCUUUUCAUCAGAUUUUUGAAGGGAUGGGUCUUGGUGGUUGUGUUGCUCAGGCAGGAUUUAGCUAUGGAACAGUGGUGUACAUGUGCUUCAUGUUUUCAGUAACAACCCCAAUGGGGAUAAUUUUGGGGAUGGUAUUAUUCUCAUUGACAGGUUAUGAUGAUAGUAACCCAAAUGCCUUAAUAAUAGAAGGGUUACUAGGUUCAAUUUCUUCAGGAAUUCUAAUUUACAUGGCUCUUGUUGAUCUCAUAGCAGCUGAUUUCUUUCACAACAAGCUUAUAACCUCUGAUCCACGUUUGAAAAAGGCUUCUUUUGUUGCCUUAACUAUGGGUUCUGCUUCUAUGUCUAUUCUAGCUCUUUGGGCUUGAACAUUUUUUGUAACUUAGUUAAGACUAAAUGUGUUUGUUAUCCAUAAAAGUUGGUAUUUAAAAGCAUCAACAAAGUAACGCGAAAUCGCAAAAGAAAUGUAGUUUGAGGGAUAUGGAUUAUCUCUAGAGGUGGGAAUAGGCAAGACCGAGUUAGGCUUUGCCAAGCCUGAGUUUGACCUAUGACCUAUCAUAGACUUAUUUUUUAGGCCUGAGCCCGACCUUUUACAAGCUUAACAUGACAUGUUAGCCUGUUUAAAAGCUUAUUUCUCAUGAACAUAUUUAAAUAAAUAAUUAUAUUUAUUUUUAAA